AUGGCGACUACAACAAACCCUGACGGGUCUGAAGACGUGAAUGAUUUCCUGCUGCGUAUCCGGGAACUCGGUGAACAACGCGACAAGGAAGACCAGGAGCGCACCAAGAAACUGGAAGACGAGAUUCUGCAGGGCCGCGCAGAAAGACAGGCCCGCCGAGCUGAGCGAGCCAGAUCGAUCGCCAGUUCACCGUCGCUUAACCCAUCGAGAUUGAGUGCAUCAUCCCUCGGUCAGCCUUCCAUCGAGCCUCCGGAGCAUCUUGAGCCGACACUGCAGACCCAAGACCCGGAAUCAGCGACCGCCGAAUCAACUUAUACUCUUGAUACGAAGGACAAAAGACGCGGGUCGGCACAUGACAUAGGAAUGGAGUCUCCACGGGCCAUGCCCACCUUGUCGCGAAGCCGAACCGGGACCCUGUCAUGGCAGCAACGCCCGCCGUCGCGGGAUUCGCGUGAUUUUGGCAACAGAUCGCCCGGCUCUACGUCUCCCACACGCUCCAGUCACCUGCGGAAUGCUUCGACAGCAUCGGAUGAGAAUCAAUUGCCACGUGCCCAGAUUGCGCACUCACUCGGGUCGAAGGAUCCUUCCUGGUUCCGUCAGACCCCAGACCGAGGACUGGGCUCGCCAGCAUUCCGAAAGCCUGAAGAACGGCGAGGUAGUCAGGCGGACCUGGGGAUGGGUCGUCCACUACCGGGAAUGAGCCGCGAGUCAACAGUAGAACCGGAAAAAACACCUGUUGUAGAUGGAGUGCCCGCAUCCCCGCCGCGGACGGCUUCCACGAUCGGCGAGAGCAGCUUCAGCAAUCGAUAUUCAAGUGCGUCGUCGGUCUCUCCAUCCGGUGGAAUGGGCUCGCCGGUGGCUUUAACAGACGCCCCAAGGCUUGACCCUCCCCAGACUGAGCCUGCUAGCGAGGAGCCAAUGCCACCAUCGCCCACACAACGACGAAUGUCUCCAGACCGGUCUCGUUCAACAUCCCCCACGAAGGGUCUUGGUGGAUUUGUCCAAAGCGCUAUGAUGAGGCGAUCAGACAGCGUCUCCAAACGAUGGAGCGCUCAAAUCCCACAGGGGCUUAGUCGGUCAAACUCCAUUAUUAGCAACCGUAAUAGUGUUGCAGCACCGAGUCUCACAGGCAGUGUGAGUGACUUGGCUCCUCCAACAUCUUCCUCGCAGUUGAAUCGGGAAACUUCGCCGCUGCCUACGACCCAGCGUCCUGCCUCGAGCCACAGCGAGGCAACCACCCGCCCUUCAGAGUCCACCGAUAGACCCAAGACACCAACGGGCAACACCAGUACUUUGCAUUCCGAGGGCAGUCCGAGUAGAUCGGCUCGUUAUGGUCACGCCAGAACCGCUAGCUCAGCGACUGCAGACAGCCAAGGCGGGGACGCUCCUUCAAGUCCAUUCACCUCGAGAACGAUGGAUCCCAGGCGUUGGAGCCCGACUAAGGCCAGCUGGUUGGAGAGUGCUCUGAAUCGACCUCCACCCGAGUCUCCACGAAACCAGAAACCUGCACCGCCCCAACAGCCUGCCUGGGCCAGAGAACGUCAGUCGAGGGGCAGUGUUGAUAUGGGGCGAGUGAGGAACUUCAAGGAGGUCACUCCAGCUGGUUUGAUGCGGACGCCCCCACCAGGUUCCCAUUUCAAGAAGCCUAGUCUUUCUACGGCUCCAUCGGUAUUUGACACCCCCAAUGCCGGCAAGGCCAAGGAAGCUCUCGCAGAGUUCCCAUUGCCUGCUGCUGACGUUGAACAAACGCCCAUGAAGUCUGAACCAGUCGAGGAGAAGCUCGAGGAGAACCCGGAGCCAGUGUCCGAGCCGACGGAAGUAGAGACGAAGUCUCCUUCCACAACUGCACUAGAAGCCGAACCUCAAGAGACGCAUGCAGAGCCUGAAAAGGUCGCAACCUCCAAAUCGAUUCGCAAGGAAGCACCUCCCAGUCUGAGCCCCAAACCGAACUUCUCGCUCCCUUCACGGGCACCCAUCUCGAAGCCUAAGCCACAAUCUCCCGUCGUUGAUUUCAGAGCAAAUCUGCGCAAGCGAGAAGUCGUCAAGGGCAGUGGACCGGAGCAAGAGCCGGAAUUCAAGAAUGUUUUUGGCAAGCUCAAGAAGACUGAGACUCGCAACUACAAGGCACCAGAUGAACUUAAGGGUAACAUCUUACGGGGCAAGGCUGCUUUGAACGUUACCGGUGGCCCGAAGAAGACCGAGCGAGUCGAUGAAUUUAAGGAUAGUCUCGUGAAACAGAAAGAGGCCAUGAAGGCCGGAGGAGGCUCAGUUAGACGAAACACCAUCGAGGAAAAAGAGGCGCCGGCCCCUGCAGUCCCAGAAGCUAUUGCGAAGCGUCAGACCAUGACCAAGACAAAUAGCGUCAGACGCAGCAACACCGAUGAGCUAAUUUCACCGGCCACUAAUGAUAUUGGCUCCGUGCCCACAUCGCCAGACACGCUGGCUAUGCCUGCACCUAUCGCUGCAAAGGAAUUCGAAAAGGAGGCGCCUAGGGAACCCUCUCCUACCGCAACUGAGCCCCAGGCGGCUGAUGUGGAAUCGCUUCCCAGCCCGAUCGUCAGGCCGAGGAAAGAGGAAAGCUCCAAUGAUGUGUUGGAGACAAUCGGGCCAGUCGGGGACAAGGAACGGAAGGAUUCCAACGAUUCGGCCAGCUCGAUGCGUGGUCUGCCAUCGGCGAGGAGAGCGGCAGCGGCAGCGGCAGCCAGGGCUACUUCUCCAGGUAUGCCUGCUAAAGGGAAGCUUACAGGCCGAAUCAACCCUGCCCUAGCAGGCCUUCUUUCUCGUGGCCCCCCAGCAGCUGCAGGACCCAAGAAGGAGUUGGUGAUCUCUCCUUCUGCGGAGAGCGACUAUGCCUCUCCCUCGGCGCCGCUUACCCACAUGACGAAGAGUCGUGCCAGGGGCCCCAAGAGACGGUUGCCCAAGGGAGAUGUUGCUCCGGCAGUCUUAUCCAUUCAGGAUACCGAGGUUGGUGCUAUUUCGUCUCCUGAAGUCAGCUCCCAGACAAGCCCCGAGCCUGUGAUUCCUUCGGAACCCCAGUCGGAAAGUGCGUCAAGAGAAAGCUUGGUUAUCGAUACUGAAAAAGCUCAAACAGAGAGCCCCGUUACCAAGCCCCUCCCAUCAGUAAACACAAGCUUCCAAAAUGUUCUCAACAGCGGACUGCAGAGGCUGAGAAGCAUGUCUCCGAUCUCCCCAAGCUUUCCGAAAGACACCAAUACGCUCAAAUCCAACGAAAACGUCACCCGUGAUAUUGAAUCACCGGGAACCGUGAACCCAUCGACUAGACCUCCUGUUCCGCCCAAGCCCAAUUCAUCCCCCUCACCUUCGCCAUCCCCCGUGUCUUCUGCUGCAAGGCCUCAAUGGAGCCAGCAAUCGAGGUACGCGUCAUCCUCGCCAUCUCCUCUCAGGACAAGCUUCCGAGAGAACCAGGUGAACUCUCCAGGGACGCCUCCACAAGAACCGAUUCCCGGUGUCAUAGUCGCAGACUCUUCCCCCCAGGAGAAAAGACUUCCCUCUCCACCGCAGUCAUCCAAGCAGGCCAAGUUUUCCCUUGGCAAGCCUGCUGAUCACAGGCUGUCGCGAAAGAUGUCUGCGCCGUCGCUCGUUGCACAGGCGGCGGAUGCUCGAGAGGUGAUUGGGACUUUCUUCAAAACAUUUCCCAACUCUCGAGACCGUAUGGACAUCGAUCCACAGUUGAUGCUCACUACCCAAGUGGAUGCUGCGAAGAUUCGAACCCUAAAGCGUCAAAUUUGGGAAUUCACAGGUGAUGGCAAGCGGCAGGAGGUUCCUGCCAACCAAGAGUACGUUCUGUACGAGGGAAGCAUGUAUCUCUGUGUGCAUUCGUUCGAGGCGCAAAACAGCAACAGCUCCGAAGUAUAUCUCUGGUGCGGAGAUGAUGUGCCCGAGGGAGCCCUGGAGGAUGCGCAGCUGUUCGCUCGCAAGGUUGCCCGAGAGAAUGGCUGCAAGCUGGAGAUCAUCAGGCAAGGAAAGGAGCCCGUGCGAUUCAUCCAAGCCCUCGGCGGCAUCAUCAUCACUCGUCGUGGAAACAAUUCCCGCCACACCUCAUCUUCCCUGUACAUGCUUUGCGGACGGAAGCACCUGGGUCAGAUGGCUUUUGAUGAAGUCGAUUACUCAUUACGCAACCUUUGCUCUGGCUUUCCCUUCGUGAUCUCUGCCCCUUUUGGCAAACUCUACUUGUGGAAGGGCAAGGGCAGCGGCCCCGAAGAGACUGGCGCCGCCCGCCUCAUCAGCAUGGAUCUCGGCCUGACGGGCGAGUUUGAAGAGGUCGACGAGGGGCAGGAACCAGAGUCCUUUCUCGAUGAUUUCGCGGGUUCCAAUGAAACCAACCCGCUUAUGACGCCAGAUCACUGGAAACUGAAGCCGAAGUAUGACCACUACCGCACUCGACUUUUCCGCGUCGAUCACCAACUCGGCCAGCCAUCCCGGUUUUGGGGCAUGCGCCGUCCGGGCUCGGGCUCGCCAGUCGUCCGUCCGAACGACUGUGUCCAGGAGAUUGAGCCGUUUUGUUUUAAAGAUAUAAUCGAACGAGAUGUCUACGUCCUUGAUACGUUCUUUGAGAUCUAUGUCAUUGUCGGUGAUCACGCAUCACAAAAGUCCGCCGACUUCGCCUCUGCCGUAGUAUUCGCACACGAGUACGGCAUUCUUGCGGCAUCGCUUCAGGACCGACCCUUCAUCCCGAAGAGUUUUGUCGCACUGGGCGGUAUCCCAGACCGGUGUCAAAGUGCGUUCCGCAAAUGGGACCAGCGAUCUCUCCAUGCGCCUUGCGUGUUCCCUCUGGACGUGGCGAUCGAGGCGAUCCGGUCCCAGGAGCGCGGUGAGUAA